CGUAGACAGGCAACGCGAAAUACAACAAGCAAUCGUGGCAGCCACCACCGAAAACUUGAAGCAGCAUGGAAGCCAGCAAAGUCAUUCCGUGGCUAAUCAACGUGCGCGACGCGUGCGAGCCGCAUAACGACCCAGGCAUAAUGCCUACCCCUCCUGCCUCCUUUUCGCCCAAGAAGAGAAAGCGGGAUAACGACGACGAGAACGGUGAUGGCUACGACGAGCUGAUUCCCAAGUCAGGGUCCAAUACCGGUGGGCAUGGGCAGCAGGUCCCUAUCGCCAUCCGCCCAUUAAGCCAAGAAUACCAGCAGCUGCAAUACCAGCAGCUGCAAUACCAGCAGCUGCAAUCGGUCAGCCAGCAGCCACUCGCCCCUUUGCCUCUCCCUCUGUCCGAGCUGCAAGCGUCGACCAGCCGCUCCAGCUCCAAGCCAGGCUCCGAGACGUCAUCGAGAUCGAAAUCUAGGAUUACAAUACCUGUGCGAUCCGGCACCUUGCUGUUCCUCGCCAAGCCCGUCAAGUUCGUCGCACUUUCCGAAGACCGCUUCGCCCAGAUCCCCGCCAGCGCCCACAGCCUGCUCUCUGAGAUCAAACGCAUCAUAGUCUACCAGUCAGCAUUCAUCCCUGCCAUGGCUCGCGACAUCAUCAAAAGGGAGCUACCUGAUGGAAAAGGAUGGCCGGAUCAUUGGUUUUUCCGAUCAGACGAUGCUCAAGGAACUCCCGAGCUCGCGCGCGCAGAAAUGCAGUUCAAGGCCUUGCACGAAAUCGUGGCCACCGCCGGGAGGUUCUGGGGGCAGAGGCGCAACAAGCUGGCUUGGAACUGCCUGGCGCAUUGCCCUUUGCUCCAGCUUGCAACGCGCUCCUUUUCUCGCGGCGGCGUUGUUUGUGAGCCGGUUAUGGGUGAAGGCAUUGCCAGCCAUUGGCUUCCGGAGAUGGCCCGCAAGCCGGACGAGGUUGCAAGUGGCAAAAUGGUCGAUUUUGUAUUGGCACUCGACCUUCAGAAUCCGCGCCCACGCGAUCAGGUGCUUGAAAACGCCGUCGUCAGGGUGGUGGGAUGCCAGACUUACGAGUCGCAGUCGAUCAACCAAACCCUUUACGACCCACUAGUCUUCAGUCCAAUUGGGGUGAGCAUUGCCAACGCCACCUAUAUGGAGGGCACCCUCCAGCUCGGUAUUUGGACGGCCGCUUGGCACCGCCGCAUGAGGGACUUGGGAUACACAGAUCAGCUUAUCACCCUGCCCCUUAUUCUUUGCAACGGCUUUGAUUGGAGUUUGUACUUCGCAUGCGAUCGCGGCCACAUGAUUGAGAUUGUCGGUCCUAUCUCGCUUGGCAGCACUGCCAGGAUGGAGACUUUGUAUCCCUUGUUUGCUGUAUUGGUAGAGCUUUGCAAGUGGGUGGAGGGGACUUUGCGCGACUGGUGGAUUACCCAGCUUGGCGGAGAUCCCGCUGCCGGCUGAUCUCUGUUCUUUGACAUGGUUAGGGACUGCGCGCUCGGUAUGACCAACUUGGUAAUCAACCGCAUCCCUAGCAAUUAGUUGUUCCUUUUCUUCCCACAACAACGAUCAGUUACCAAACCUGCAGUUUGCCCUUCAACCUGCAUGCUUCCAC